AUGAAAGAUAAAGUUGAAGUUGAACACAUAUCACCUUACUCGUCAUCGAGUCAUCAGCUGGUUCUUGAGGAUGACCAUCAUGAUUUAUUUAACGAAAAGCCUGAUUUAUCCUGGCCAUCUAUCAAAAACUAUCUUGCCACAAGAAUUCCAAAGAUGUUGGAUUUACCAUUGUACUACCAGGAAAAGAAAUGGUACCAAGUCCUUAAUCCUAUUACUGGCUUAAAAGAGAUGUCAACUUUGGACUGGCAUUUUUAUUUCUUGGGUUUCCUUGCUUGGUCAUUGGAUGCAAUGGACUUUUUUUGUGUUUCUGUGUCGGCUCCUGAAAUUGCUGCUACUUUGAAAGUAAGUGUGACUGAUAUAACUUGGGGUGUGACUUUGGUAUUGAUGCUUAGAUCAGUAGGAGCAAUCAUUUUUGGAGUUGCUGCUGACAGGUUCGGCAGAAAGUGGUGCUAUAUUGCGGUCUGUGGAUUAUUUAUCCCCGUUGAAAUAGGUACUGGAUUUGUACAAACCUACCAGCAGUUCUUGGGAGUUAGAGCUAUCUUUGGUAUCUUAAUGGGUGCUAUGUAUCCUAUAGCUAUGGUGACGGCAAUCGAAGGUCAGCCGACAGUAGCUAGGUCUGCGUUAUCUGGUUUGUUUGUUCCAGGAUACUGCUUUGGAUACAUCUUGGCAAUGGUGUUCUAUAGGGCUUUCUCGGGCACUUACAAAGAAGGUGAAGGUUGGAGGAGCUUGUUCUGGUUCAGUGCUGGGUUGAGUGUGUUGCUAAUUGCGUGGAGAUUUUUGAUACCUGAAUCUCCUGACUUCCUUGCAACGAGGGAGAAAAAAAGGCGUUACAACAAGGUGAGUAAACCCAAGUUUGGGUUUAUCGACAAGAGUGUUUUGCAAACGUUGAAAACUGAAUGGUUAUUAUUCAUCUAUCUUGUAUUGUUAUACAGCGGGUGGAACUUCACUACCCAUGGUUCGCAAGACUUGUACGUCACUAUGCUUACCAAGCAGUUUAAUGUGAGUAUAAACAAAAAGACUGUGAUUGUUGUUGUGAGUAACAUUGGCGGCAUGAUUGGUGGUUCCGUUAUGGGAAAUGCCUCAGAGCUCCUUGGCCGAAGACUUACUGUUGUCAUAUGUAUUCUUUUCAGUAGUGCUUUCUUAUACCCAUCUUUCUUUGAUGCGGAUAAGAACUGGUGGGCCUAUGUUUUUUUGAUUGCUGGUAAUAUGGGAUCUUGGAGCAUCUCAUCAGUGUACUUGAUGGAGGUGGUUAACAAAGCGAAUAGAACUUUAAUAUCAGGUUUGGCGUACCAAUUGGGAAACUUGGUUAGUUCAGCUAGUGCUACAAUUGAAGCUAGACUCGGGGAACUGUUCCCACUUGAAGGUGGUGCCGGAGACAUGUACGAUUAUGGGAAAGUCAUGUGCAUAUUCUGUGGUGCUAUUUUUGCUUACAUGAUUGUCUGCAUCACCCUUGGACCUGAAAAGUUCCACAAUAACACAGACGUUGGAAAUAAGGAAAGCGUGGGGAUGGAAGAUACAGAGAGUAAGGAGAAAGUCCAACUCAAAAGCUUAGAUUAG